UUCUUUAUUUGACAGCACUGAUUAACGUUUGACAGUAAGGUUUAACAUUCUUAGAGAUUACUUUUAAGAUCGAUUUUAUUUAAAAAAGUAAGAAUAAUAUAAUAUAUAAAUAAUAUUUAUAAACAGUUGUGCUCAAUGAGCGUCUACAGUGUACAAUGUGGAAGUACACAUUAAUUCCAGCGACAAUUAUUUUAGUGUUUCUGUCAAAAUGUGAGGCACAGUACGAUGAUAAAAGAUGUAAAUGUAUUUGUCCAAGUCUUUCCUCUGUGAUAAAUACCACACAGCCUUCGCUAGAUCGAUUAAUUGUUAUCAUUAAUGUCCCACCAUCACAAUGUAAAUGUGAAGAUGUUGUUUUACCAAAACUUGGAGAUCAAAUAAAGACUAAAGAAGAAAUAUUUUGUCCUAGAUGCGAUUGCAAAUAUGAAAAUAGAAACACAACUAUUAUUAAAAUUGUGGUAAUAAUUGUUAUUUGGGUAAUAUCAUUGUUAGUAAUUUAUAUGUUAUUCUUAAUUUGUUUGGAUCCAUUAUUGAAUAAAAGGAUUCAUAAAAACACAACUAAUAUUGGCUAUCACGAACACAAUAACGAAGAGGAUGAUGCAUCAGUAGCACCUGGAUCUUCUCAUCCAAUGGGAGAAAGAGGAAACGUUUUAAAUCGUGUAGGGCACCAACAAGAUAAAUGGAAGAGACAAGUUCGAGAACAGCGACGUAAUAUUUAUGACCGACAUACUAUGCUUAAUUAAAAAUAUUCAGUUGAUUAUGACAGAAUACCAAAUAUCAUGAAUAAUGUAUUACACAUCUCUAAAUAGAAGUAUGGCAGAUAAUCUUUGCAAUCUAACUGGUUUUUAAUGCAGCAAGUAUAUCUAAAAACUGCCUAGAGUGCUGCUACUGUGUUUUAAAUAUAUAU